AGAAACCGCUGCUCGGAGAUCGGAGCCGCGAUCCAGCCAGGCCGGAAGCCCCGGUCCCACCGCUUCCAUAGACCGAACCAGCGGGCUCCUGCUCAGCCACAGAUGGAGAUACUGUAGGAGCUCCCUCUGAGCCACAUGCUCCACUUCAGAGUUCCUUUUUAAAUGGGCGGCGCACCCGGCCUCGCAGCGUCCCUCUCUGUGUUUUGUAUUUUUAUUAUUUAUUGUUAUGCAAGGAUUUAACAUACCAAAAAGAUGAUCGGGGGCUACGUUUUUGGCUGGAUAAGCCUGCAGUCGACUGAAUGCAACACAUAGAUCUGAAGGAAAGGAUUAUUAUAUGGGUUGCAUUUGAUUUUCCUGACCUGCCCCAUCCGGAAUUCGGAUUACUCAACAUUCCUCGGAAUGGAAGGACGGGAUUUCGCUGCUCCGGCGCACCUCCUAUCAGAGCGGGGCGCCCUGGUGCACCGAGCCGCCUCUCGGAUCGCUCCCUCGGGCCACGGCUCUGUGCAGCACGCCGGUCACUUCCCGCCGGGGAAAUAUUACCCGUCGCACAUACCAAUGGCUCCGCACUCAGGCAGUGGAUUGAUGGGCAAUUCCUCCGCCUCCUUCAUGGGGACCUUUCUGGCCAGUAGUCUGGGUUCCCCCCCUUCCCACCCGUCUCACCCCUCCCGGCCGCCCUCCUCGCCCUCCUCACCUUCCUUCCGGGGCGGACCCCACUCCGGCGCCUCGCAAAUCUGGUUCCCCCAUUCGCAUGAAGCAGCUCCAGGGUAUCCUCGAUUCUCAGGGAGUCUGGCCCACACUUUUCUUCCCAUGAGCCACCUGGAUCACCAUGCCAACAGUGGAGUUCUCUAUGGGCAGCACCGUUUCUAUGACACCCAAAAAGAGAACUUCUACCUUCGAGGUCUCCCGUCCCAGCCUCCUCUCAUCUCAGCCAAUCACAGUCUGCCACCAAUGUCCAGGGCAGGUUCAGGCCACUCUCAGGGGUCCUGCAGCAGAGACAGAGAUGCAGGGGUGGGCACGGGUCUACAUAAGGGUCUUAAAGAGGGGUCUGUCGAGAGAGGAGUGGUACCUGUGAAGGACAAGGAGAGGUCCAGUAGCAAACAGGAGGCAAAGGAGAGACAUCAGCAGCAACAGCACCACAGCCACCAGCCACCCCAGCCCACACACCACCACCAUUCCCACUCCCAUCAGCAGCACCCACACUAUCCACAGCACCCACUGCCCCUGGAGGAGGUCAACAGCCGGGCCCUGGAGAGGCACAAGGCAUCACUAGCAAUGGAGUACAGCAAGGAACAUCCUCAGAGCAUGGGCAAGCCCCUCAGUGCCUGCUUGCACAAUGGCAAGAUGCAAAAUGGAGAUGCUGGAACUGGGGCAGGGGCUAAGGCCUCUAUGUCCAGCUGUGGGGGAGAGGGCACAGCCCUAGGGGCAAUGGGAGGUGGGGGGAGCAGCCAGGGCAGACAUAUGGUGUCCAGUGGAAGUAGCCGCUGCACCAAAGAAGGGGUAAGUGGGGAGAUGAGGAUAAGUGAACAAUCUUCAGACUGUCUGGAAAGGGGUCAGGCACCACUCCACCACUCUCUGUCCUACUCUGUACCCCCACCCUUACACAUGGGUUCUGCUGCAGGUGGGGCACACCCCCAUCCGCAUCCUCAUGCUCACCCCCAUACACAUCCUCACCCAGGGGGCUUCCACUGCCUUCAGCUCCACCCCAGCCACCCACACCAUCCACAUCAUUCCCACCAUACACACCACCAUCCGGACUUCUUCUGUCCGCCCCCUUCUGCCCCUCUAGCCAACCCUGUUUCACACGAGAGGGGGGCAGCCAAUGUGGGGCGAGAGCCUAAAGUCACAGGACCUACAUUUGUGCCAUCUGUGGCAGAUCUGGGGGACAAAACUAGUGGGCCAUUCCAGCUUGGUAACCCUGACUGCCACAGUGUGGGCAAUGGAGGGGGAGGCGGUAAUGCCAAGGAGAAGGUAAUAGAAAAGAAUGGAGGCAGUGGACAUCAUAAUACUUGGCAUAGAAAACAGCAACAACAGCACCAACAACAACAACAACAGCAGCAGCAGCAGCAGCAGCAGCAGCAAGCUUACAGAAAGGCAGAGAAGGCUCCAGACUGGAUGCAGUCCCACCACCAACAUCUUCAGCCCUCACAGCUUCCUCCACCUCCCCAACAGCAACAGCCCCCACAUCCCCAACAGCAGCACCAGGUAGUACGAUCACGCAGUGCUGAGUGUAUCAACAAUGGCGUGGACAUGGAUGUCUUCAGAUCCUCGCUGCCCCAGGGGCCCAAGACUGGGCACCCUGUCUCUCAUUCUGUAAACACUUCCCCUUACAGAGACUGUUCCCAUUCAGGACCCCCACCUAAUGCCUCACCUCUUGGAAAUAAAAGCAUGGGUCAGCAUAGUGGGGCUGGAGCAGCUCAUGGCCCUAGUCCAGGUGGUAGCUGCUCCUUACAGAGAGAUGGUCAAAAGGUAGCCAGGAUACGCCACCAGCAACAUGGCCGACCUGGCCCUGAAGCCUCUUCUCCAGCAGACUUGAACCAGGGGACUAGUCAGGAAAUGAAAAGAAAGAUGGACAUGUCUCCUUAUGGUUACAACAACAGCAGUGGGCAGCACCACCACCAGCAGCCCCCGGUGCCACCCUGGACCAUGAGGCCUCCCCACCAAAUGUCACAACCUGAGGAGGAGCAGAGGAAGUCCUACAUGGAGUUAGGAAGCACUGGUGGGCAACACUCUCAGCAGCAGCAGCAGCAGCAGCAGCAGCAGCAGCAACAGCAGCAGCCGGGUAUGAGCUUGCCUCCUUCCCAACCUCUCGCUGCACCUCCCCUCAGUCAGCAACAGCAACAGCAACAGCAGCAGCAGCAGCAGCAGCAGCAGCCUGAGCCCCAGGGUACAACCCAGGGGGAGAGCAGUGCCAUGAAAAGCUUACUAAAGUACAGCAACCAGCAACAGCCACUGCUCCUUUCCCAGAAAAGCCCAUUUGGGGGUCUGGGCAACCUCAAAUCAGGUCCUGCUGGUGGGAGCUGUGCACUGCAGGGCAACAAACAGACUCUACCUUCCAGGAAGGGCCCGGCCAAUGACAACGAGCGCCCUGAUUACAGUGGGCGGAGCCGAGAUAUUGGGGAAACAGGUCAUGGGGAAAGUGAGGUGCGACAGCCACCGGUAGGAAUUGCCGUGGCGGUGGCCAGACAAAGGGAGCCAACUUGUCGGUCAGCAGACGGUCAUCCCAACAGCCGGCAGGGCAGGGUACAUCCUUCUGUGAAAGGACUGCCCCGCUCCAUGUAUCCUUCAGAUCCCACCACAGAGGAGGAGAGGAAGAGGAUGAGUGGGGAACAAAUAGGUCUAACUUGUUUGGACAGAGACAGAGAUCCAUACAUCAGGGAUAACAAGGAAAGGGUGGAGUUUGCACGGAUCCAUCCCUCUAACAGCUGUCACGGUGACCUCACCUCUCAUCUCAUGGUCCCAGGCGGGACUUCCCUCCAGUCUGGCCAAUUAGGAGAUCCUGCUGCACAUUCUGCUCACCAUCAUUGGAUGCCAAGAACUGGGAGUCCAUCACUCUGGAUGACUGGUCACUCUUAUGCAGGUAUAGGACAUACAGCCCUCCACCAGAAUCUGCCCCCAGGUUUCUCUGCAGCAAUGCCAGGCCCUCUGCAGCCGGUGUUGCCUCUGCCUCAGGAUCCCUCUGCCCAGCUGGUCGUCCUACCCACUGAGCCCCCUGCCCAUCCUACAACCCAUCACCUGGAUGUGAUGGAGCAGCAAGGGCUGUGGCCCCCUGUGUACGGCGCCCGGGGCCCACCCUCCCACAUGCAACACCCUGCUGUGUACUCCCGAUCCCAGUUUCUACGGCAACAGGAGCUGUACGCUCUCCAGCAGCAUCAACAACUCCAACAUCAGCAUCAACAUCAGCACCAGAGCCACCCGACACAGCAGCUGCAGCUGCAGCCUCAACCUCAGCAGCAGCAGCAGCAGCAACAGCAGCAGCCACAGCAGCAUAGAGCUACACAUGGCAUGGACAUGCAACAUCAAGCCACUCACAAUGCACAGAUGCAGAAGAGGCCAAAUGAGCCCUCGGUUGAGCUGGAGGAACUCAUUUCGGAACCCAGAACGUCCAAACCUGCCAAGCCCUACUCUUACAACCCGCCUCAGAGGAACGCCUCUCCCCCUGGGGCCUGUGCUGCUCACCUGUCCCCUUGCUGCCAGUCCCCCUCCCUGCGAGCGCAUCCCAAAAGCACUCCUUCGACACCCUGCCCUGCUCUCAGCCCCGCCGCAGCGGCCCCUCACUCGCCCGCCAUCAGCCCUGCCCCACCACAGAUGCCCAAGGGGGGCGACUCUCAGGACAAGAGAGUGGAGGCUCAGCCCCCACAGGUUUAUCCAGAGUCUUUGGAGCCUGACCUGCCUCCAGGUUACACCUACCCUGCUAUUGCCAUGGGCUAUAGGAGCGGACCUUCCCCUCAGGAUGUUCGACUGGCUGAGCCAGCCGACCUGGAAGCAGUCCAAGUGGAGCCUGCUGAGCAUGCUCCUGAGUCUCUCUCCAGCCUGGGAGAGGAGCUAGACUGCCAAGCGGUGGUCAGGCCUCUUUCAGAGCCAAUCCCUGUCGAUGAAGUGGAGCAGGAAGAGGAGGGAACGGUGGUUGAUAGAGUUCUGGAGCAAAGGGAGGAGGCGGAGGUAGCAGCCAACUAUGUGCCUGGAAAGGAGGAGGUGGAGGAGCAGAGACCUGCUGAGGAGGAGGUGCUGGUUUGCCCCCCUGCUGAGAGCCCAGUGUGCGAGGCUGCUUCCUGUCCAGUCCCCCUGUCAACAGAGGAGUCUGAAAGGCCAGAGGCUGUCAUCACCUUGGAAGAGGAAGACGAUGAUGGGGCGGUGGGUGAGGGGGCCCAGGUGGAGCCGGCUCAAAAGGUCAUCAUGCCUGGAGAGCAGGAGCCAGAGCUGCCCACCAUCAUUGAGCUUGACCCAGCUUCCCCUGCAGCCGCUGAGCCACAGUCCCCGGCCCCUGACGGGGCAAAGGACAGUGAGCAGCAGCGCGAGAACGAGAUGACCACUGAUGACGCCUCGGUGGAAUUUGUGUGUCUUUCCCCAGCCUCAGCUUCCUCUCCGAGCCCAUGCCAGGCAACUGUCGCUGUGCCCCAAAAACCUCUUGUGCCGUGUUACUGGAGUCUGGAGCUGUUGAUUGCUGCUGCAUUCUGCACAGACGUUCCUCCAUUUCCCUUGUAUCCCUUCAGCACCCCAUCAGUUGCUCCAUCGCAUCCCAACCCCUACCAGGGUAUGGAGCUUCUGAGUGAGCUGGCAGAUCUGGAGCUGCAACAGCGGAGGCGCACCUGUGGGAAAAGCCAGGAAGAUGAGUUGCUGAUGUUUGACCUCCAGAGCCUUGCCACCCUGGCCACAGCCCGUGCACUGGAGAUGGGCACCCAGGAAGACAGCGCUGCGGGUUCAGGGCGACACUUCCCCGCCCGCAAGAUCCUCAACUUGCGUCGGAAGUGCAGCUGGACGCCUCGCAACGAACCAGUUUGCCCGGCCAAAGGUAGCAUGGAAACAAUGGAUGGUCCUGAGCUUGCAAUGCGUGUGAAGUUGGCUGAGCUACAGCGUCGCUACAAAGAGAAGCAAAAGGAGCUGGCCAAACUUCAGAGGAAGCACGAUCACCAGAAGGAGGAAACCCCUCGCAGCCCAGCACGACGAGGACCGGGGCGGCCGAGGAAGCGGAAACCCACCCUCACCUCAGGUCCAGUGUCCUCAUCGGAGGGCCAAAGAAAAGUCAAGUCCAUGGGGGCGGGGCUUGCGCUGUCGCCUGAGGACCUUGGAGCGGGCGGAGACAGCCAGAGAAGGAAGAAGAGGCUGUCCAGUCGAGGCUUUGAGCGACUUAGCAGCUCACAGCAGAUAAAAGCGCAGGGCUGCAGAAAAAGCAGUCUUCACAGCGUGCUCAGCUCCAAGCUGGCCAGUGAUGUGGCUCAGCUCAAACAGAGAGCCCAGGGUAAAAAGAACCUCUCAGGGACUGGCUCCAGGGACAAGGAGGUUUCGCCCUGCAACUCUAACCCCAAGCACGGACACAGAAGCCAGGGUACAAGCAAGGUGGAAUCCCGGCGAGAGUCAGGGGGACAAAGUGACACAGCAGCCAGUGUGGACAGCAGCCCCCAGGAGAGCUGGACUGGGCAGGUGCGACAUGGACGUAAAAAGGGAUCGACCACCCUUACACAGGGUUCCUCCUCCUCCAGAUCGAGGAUUGUCCGUGGCCAGAGACAGGACCCCAUGGCAGAGGGAGAGAGCUCCCCUGCAGAGAGUGACUCCUCUGAUCAAGAUGAUGACGAAGAGGAAGGCAGUUAUGAUACUGAUGAAGGUCAAGACUACAGAGCCCAUCCCCCCAGAGACGUCACUUCUAGCUCCUCCAUGACAGGCCCGAGUCCCUCGUCCAUUGUAAAGCUGGAGGCCAAUCAGAAAGCCAGGAACAAAAAGCAGAGACAGGAGCUUUAUGCCUCCCAGUGUCUGUCUGGAGCGGAGGGAGUGGUCAAAGUAAGGGAGAAGCCCCCCUGUAGGAUGGGCCUGGCCCCUGCAGUCAAAAGCCGCCGUGAAGAUCACCGGCUUGAAGGCGUCAGAAGGCCGAGUGGAUCUCGGUCUAAGGAGCCUCGGUGGGGCGGCCUGGGGACCAGAGGCAAACGCUACAGGAGGAGCAUGGGACUGGCCACCUUCCCGACCACCAGUGAGAGGCUAAAGAGGGCGACUCGCAAGAGCACCAUCUUGAGAGGGGCCAUCAAUAAGCCAAAGGGACGAGCGGUGAGUCGGCUUCUGGAGAGCUUUGCGGCAGAUGAGGGCUUUCAGAUGGAUGGCAGCAGCUUCUCAGAAGAGGAGGAAGACCGCAGCUGUUCAUUCAACAAAAGCCCUGAAUUUCCUAACUGUGUCCUGACCAAAGAGCUCUUAACCGAUGGACUGAAGGUGCUGAUCUCCAAGGAGGAUGAGCUUCUCUACGCUGCCAGGAUCCACUCUCUGGAGCUCCCAGACAUCUUCAGCAUUGUUAUCGAUGGUGAAAGAGGAAACCGCCCAAGAAUCUAUUCGCUGGAGCAACUGCUACAGGAAGCUGUCCUGGAUAUACGUCCAGAGUCGGAUGCUCUGCUCAGCGAGGGAACCAGGGUGUGUGCUUACUGGAGUGAACGCUCACGCUGCUUAUAUCCUGGCAAUGUCCGCAGAGUUGGUUCAUCUGAUGAGGGGAAACAAGGAGGGGUGAUGGUAGAGUUUGAUGAUGGAGACCGAGGGAAGAUUUCCCUCCCAAACAUCCGCCUCCUGCCUCCAGGAUACCAGAUUCACUGUGGGGAGUCAUCUCCUGCCCUGCUGGUACCCAGCGGGACAACAACCAAGAGGUGCUCCAGUCUGGAGCAGGCCCCCAUCAGUGACAGACACUCUGACAGAUUCAACACUAUCAAUACUCUAACAAGUAGUCAAACACUAAAUGUUCACAAAAGAAGACCAGGGAGACCAAAGGGUUCUGGGAAAAAACAAAAGCAACAGCAGCAACAAGCUGAGAGUGCCAAUAAAAAUCCUUCACCUUUCCUGGGCUGGCCCUUAUUAGCCAACACCAGAAAGAGGACGUCCGACAAUCUCUUUCAACUCAAUGGGGCACCCAGGAAGGUCUUGAGAGGGAAGGAGGAUGACCGGUUUACCUUGCCUCAAACCCAACCACUGGCUUCCAUCCCAUCCAAGGGCCUUUUUAGCAGCAGCUCCUUUGAGGUGGACUCAUUUAGCAGUAUUGCAAAUGGCUACUCCUCCUUCUGUACUCAGUCUUCAGGGCAAGGUCCAGAUUUAUCUCUGGGCCCCAGAAGUGGACUGUAUGGCCACAAGCGCAGACAAGAUGAGUCGCCAAGGGGUAGGAAGUCUGGACAAGAGUUCCUUGUCAAAUUAGAUCAUGAAGGAGUGACCUCCCCCAAGACAAAGAACGGCAAGGCUCUACUAUUGCGAGGUGGAACUUCCAGUGUGAGUAGUAUGCCCACGACAGAGGCCUACUCGCAUCCAGUCCUUCUGGUUAAAGACAACAAAAAGGGUGGUGCCUCCAGGGUCGAACUUCUCCUGAAAGGAACCACACACCAAAGAAAGCCCUCCCCUUCUCUGCGUCUAGGGGACUAUGGCGAUUUGGGUUUCAGCUCCCACCGAGACUGUCACAGUUCCUACUCUGAUCUGGAUGAUGAUGAUGAAGAAGAAGAAGAGGAGGAGAGGAGGAGGAGGGCUGCACUGGCUGCAGCCUCAGGAGGAUUAAGGACACCUGGCCGUUUCCUCUCUCGUCUCUCUGUCUCCUCCUCCUCUUCUGGUUCUUCUAGCUCCUCCUCUUCAGGCUCUCUCUCCAGUUCCAGCCUCUGUUCCUCAGACAAUGAUUCAUCCUACAGCUCAGAGGAUGAGGAAAGUUCUACUCUAAUGCUGCAGAGUUGUCUGUCUUCCCACCGGCGGCUCCUGCAACCGUCUGAACCCACUACGUCUUCAAGGUCACAUCAGCAAUCCUUUGUGGCCAAAGCUGUUGCUGUUUCCAAUACCAAAGGUGGCACGACAGACCAGAUGUCCAACAGCAAGUCUUUGAAGAGGAAAGAAUGCAACAGCUCCAACCCUAAACCUAAGGAGUUCAUGAAGAAACCUCGGAUGCAUCCUGAUGACAACUCAUUUAUUCCUAGGCCCAAAAUGUCUGCAUUCCUAGCAGGCCGACAAAUGUGGAAAUGGUCAGGAAACCCUACACAGAGGCGAGGUCUUAAGGGCAAGGCCAGGAAACUUUUCUAUAAGGCCAUUGUACGAGGCAGAGACACAGUGAAGGUGGGAGACUGUGCCGUGUUCCUCUCAGCUGGACGCCCUAAUCUCCCAUACAUUGGGCGAAUUGAGAACUUCUGGGAAUCCUGGACCUCCAGUAUGGUGGUGAAAGUCAAAUGGUUCUACCACCCGGAAGAGACAAAGCUAGGCAAAAGGCAUCGAGAUGGCAAACACGCCCUGUACCAGUCAUGUCAUGAGGAUGAGAACGACGUCCAGACAAUCUCACAUAAGUGCCAGGUGGUGAGCAGGGAGGAGUAUGAAUGUCUGACUCGCAUUCAGAAGCCGAACAGUACCUCCCCAGACCUCUACUACCUGGCUGGGACGUAUGACCCCACGGCUGGUCAGUUGGUCACUGCUGAAGGGGUUUCCAUCCUGUGUUGAGCCUCCAUGAGGACACUACUGAAGGACUCCUCUGACUUUACCGAUAUGACAGUUCAGCACUGGAAGACGCAAAAUUGUUCCCUGGGUAUGCCUCGAUGUCCCAUGGACUAAAUGUCAACACCAAUGCAUGGCUGUCUGAGGUUACACACUGGAGUCUAUUGGCAUCUAUCUUUGUUAGAAGUGAAGGGGAUGUCCAUAACUGGUUGAUCCUUUCAAGAGGAAUAGUAGAAAAGUCUGGGUCUUCCUGGGCAUCGCAAAAUUCAAUAAGUGGCGUUUCAAUCGUCGAACUAAUCUCUUUUUAAUAGAUCCCAUGUGAUUGACAGCUUCAUAACUGGUUUUAGGACUUAUGCUUCCAGCUCCUAUCAUAUGUCACCAAAGGAGAGCUGAGAUCGCAAUGGACUGUGCAAAAUACCACGAGGCUGAAGAGUCUCAGCGGACCAAUUCUUUAAAGGUAGCCUUACCUGAGGGAAUGGAAACGAAAGUGAGGCACGGGGCUCUCCCCAGACCUCUUCAUUCCAGGGAAGUUGAAAACAUGUAAAGGAUGUAAAGUUGAUGUCUGUAAAUAUUUUUGAAAAUUUUCCCAAUCAAGCCAUACACUUCAGUACCUCUCGCCUGUCUUAACUGUUCAGGUGUACAUUGUACAGUUCAGUUAUUGUAUUGUUGUCUGUUGUCUAUAUGUACAUAAAAGCUAUUUUAUAUAGGAGUUUAUUGUAUAUAUAUGAGAUGUAUCUUUCCAUGUUUGCGAUUGAUUUAUUUUUAUAUGGGUGUGAAAUACAUUACCUUGUUUUUCCUUUGCUUUGGGAAGUCAAGAUUGGAGAUGUUAGUGUUGCACUGCAUAUGCCCUGCUGAGACAGAGACAGACAGAGCACAGACAAAGACAGAAGGAGUUAGUCUACAACAGGACGAGACACACUUUCUGAGAGAGAGGGGUCAUCCUGUUUUAAAAUAGGUCAAGUGGCUUUUUGGUAUACGUGUUCUGUAACUUUGCAUUUUUGUUAUCCUAUUAAAAAAAAACAAAUGAGAGAAAAAAACAAGAGAAAAAUUAUUUAUGUACCUCUCAGUUGGUCAUCGUCACGAGGCAGAUCCCAAUGGACUGCAAUCACGGGUCAAAAAUGGUUUAAGAGUAAUGAUAUGUGUGAACCCUUAUGACACAAUAUCUGUGUGUGAUGAGUGUCCUGGCAUCACUAUAAUAAUGUCCACUCAAAUCAAUUUAGAACAAGACUGGGUCUUUAAAUGAAAAUGUGUUAAAUCAUUUGCAUUGCUCUCAUGGAUGCAUUGGUUCAGCCCAUUAUUACUUACAAAAUACCAAAGUGUCUUUAAUACCUUUAUUUUCUUUAUUUAAAUUUAACAUAUGUCAAGCACCUGUACUGAACUCAAAUCAGAAAUCACUGGUAACUUAGAAUACUUGCAUAUACUUGCAUAUAUAUUGGCUUUGCAUUGUGACAAUGGUUUCUUGCACAUGUACCUGCAGUUUUGUUUAGUACAAAACAUUGCAGCUAAAGGCCGCCUGGGAGUGUGACUAUGAAGGUCAAGGUACUGACAAAGUAAGAUGUUGAGUGCUGACAACAAUGUUGGAAUUAGUAUAUUUUAGUUUCAUCAGCCAUCUUUGUCUAUUUUGUACAGUACACGCACAUACUCAAAUGCUAACUGUGAAGGACAAUCAGAUUCACAAAGCAAUGGACACAGAGUAGGUUCACUCAAUCUGAAAAAAUUCCUUAAGUUUAUUUAAUUUGUGCCAAGUACAUUUUGUCUGUUGUUUCUUUAUUUGUUUUGUUUAUGCAAUCUUAAGUAUUCUUUGUUCACAAAGUUUGUUUGUUUUUUGUUGGCCAACGUUUUAUUUAUUGUCAUUUUUGCUGUUUGUUCAUGCCAAGAGCGCUUUAUGAGAAUGUGACAUUGUUUUUAUUGGUGUGAUGUCGCAUUUGCAUUUCUUAAAUAAAACUGGUCUUGUAGAGGCCAUGUAGUGAAAAGAAAUAAAGCAACACUGGAUUCUUCUCAUCCACAA